AUGGACGCUUUCGUGGCGAGCGACGUCGAUGAUAGCGAGCAUCGUAUCUUCACGGCCAGUAUAUCUCCUGGGAGUACCCCGGCGCGAAACACUCGUGGACAGACGCGAGGUCGCCUUCGUACACCGCCAUCGCCUCCCAAACCUCGGCCUAGAGGGCGUCACGCGAAGAAACCCAAACUGGUCGAGGUCCCUGUGAGCGAGCAACUCCCCCAGCGAUCUCCGUCACCCGACCCUUUCCUGGCGCCGCCGGGUACCACAGGGUUGAUGUCCACACCUGCCUCCUCGACGUCGGUUCAUGCACCGCCGUCUUUGGUGUCAGCGUCCAUGCCGACCACUAUCUCCUCGUCGUCGUCGCCUCAGGACCCGCCGUCUGUGUUCGCGUCCAUGGACACUGGGCUUCUAUCCACGGUCUCCUCGUCGUCGGUUUUAGCCCCGCCGUCUUCCAUCGCGCCUUCCUUCGCGUCCACUCUCUCCUCGGCAUCGUCGACUCAUGAACCGCCGUCUUCCUUCGCGUCCACUACCCUCCCCAGUUCGAGUUUUGUACCCUCGAUAGCUGCCCAGGCCACCUCGUCGACGUCUGCCACACCUACACAGUCGACCUUGGUUCAGCCCAACGGCGUCGCUCCCGCACCGUUGGCCGCCCCUUCUUCCGCAUCAGCUCUGGGCAGUAUUGGCGCCCGUGGUCUUCGCCUUCUUUCGCCAGCCCCCCUUCUCCGUCACCCGUGA